GACAAGAACGCUAUGGAAACAUGACGCGUGUGUACUACAGGGAGGCGGUGGGAGCACUGGUUGUCUUUGACAUGACGAGGCUGGCCACGUUCCAGGCUGUCCUAAAGUGGAAAAGUGACCUGGAUGCCAAAGUCACGCUGAGCGAUGGGAGGCCCGUUCCAACUGUUCUCUUGGCCAACAAAUGUGACCAUCAGAGUCACGGGCUGUGCCCCAAACUGCCCAAACUGGAUAUCUUUGCCAGAGAGCAAGGCUUCAUCGGCUGGUACGAAACCUCCGCCAAGGACAACACCAACAUCGACGCGGCCAUCAGCUGUCUGGUGGCGCACAUCUUGUCCGAGGAGGAGGCCGACUCGGCACGGAGCGAAGYCGGAGGAGUGGUUGUUCUUCAGCAAGUCGACCGCAAUGCGAAGGAGAACAAAUUAAACGGCUGCGCAGGGUGUCCCACCAAUAGACCCUGAGCCAGACUGAGGCUCUGGACACAGGGGGGACACUACAGACAGACAAUGAAAAGGACUUUAAAUAGUUACUGCRCCUUUUAUAUAACUAGAUCUUUUACUAAUUUAUUGUUUCUUAAAGACAUCUUAUAGGAAAUAGAAGAGUUUGUUGCCUAAAAUAGGAAUGUUUAAAGAUUUACUUUCUAAUUUAUUCACAAAUUUCAACAAAAACACAUUGGAUUUUACAAAAAGUAUUUUUUUUGUUUGUUUUUGUGGAAUAUAAAAUGAUGAAUAAAACUCUGAUUCUAACCGUUUUAA